GUAACCUGGUUAUAACAUUGUGUGUUGUUGGUUUAAAGGUUGAGACGUCAGGCGAGUUUGGGAGCUUCAUCACACAGGAUGUCUUUCAACUUUACAGGAAGUGGUGUUACUGGCGGCUUCAGUUUUCCAACGACAACAACAGCAGCUGCCAGUAGUGGUUUCAACUUUGGUUCUGCAACCACAUCUACUGCUGCUGGCACAACGAGCUACAGUUUUGCUCCCCCUGCUGCGUCACAGCCUACUUCUAGUACAACUCCGUUCAGCUUUGGCACCAACACUGCUGGCUUUGGAACAUCUAGCGGAGGGUUUAGUUUUACUGGUCCUCCAGCCAUUAGUGCACCGAGUAGUGUCCUUGGGUCUGUUGCCAGUACAGCUCCCCCGACUGCAGUAGGAAGCACCUUUAAUUUCACUGCGCCACCAACCUCCUCGGCUGUUACUGGUGGAUUUUCUCUUACUGGUUCCACUCCUGCACCAGCUACAAACUUAUCUCUGGGAGGAUCCACUGCUUCACCAUUUAGUUUUCAACAUAAACCAUUGGGAACAGUAACAACUGAGGUGGCUAAGACAUCAGCUCCCACUCUUAAUACAUUCCCAACUGUAACACCUUCAACGGGCAAUACAAUUCUGGGAGCAGCUACCACCACCAUUGCACCUGUAGCACCCACUGGAUUGUCUUCACUUUUCCCGACUCAGACUCAGACGACCACUCUAGCUCCCACUACUUCAGUAUUAGGACAAGCUUUGGGUGCUCCUCCGAUUAUCUCUACUUCCCUGCCUGUGCCUGCCACUGGUGGAUUGUUCAGUAAUAUUUCUUCUGCAUCAACAACAAUUGUAACGCCAGCAGCACAGACUCUUGCCACUACUGCAGCAAGUUUGUUAGGUCCAACACCUGCAGGUGGUACAAUAGCACCUACCAUUUCCCUGCCAGUUGCUGCUACAACUGCACUUGCGACCCUCACAACUGCAACCAGCACAAGCAGUGCUGCAAGUGCUACAACAGCUGUUGGAACUGCACCCACAUUGAGUGUUGCAGGUUUAGAAGAAAAGGUCAAUAAAUGGGUGUCAGAAUUAAGAGAACAAGAGGAGAGGUUGAUGAGGCAAGCUGCCCAUGUUAAUUCCUGGGACCAGCUGCUCCAGCAAGGUCAUGACCAGGUCCAGCAACUGCGGGACACCCUUAACAAGGUCAAGACUGACCAGACAAAACUCCAGGCAGAAUUGGACUUUAUUCAGGGACAGCAACAAGAAUUAGAGCAAUUGAUUGAACCUCUGGAGACUGCUGCUGCUACCACUACUCCCGCGCAACAUCAGGGAGAUCGCCAACGAGAAAACAUGCACCACAUUGCCCAGAAUCUUGAUUCUCAGCUACGCCAAAUGACCGACGACUUGUGCAAAAUUAUCGAGCACUUGAACACAAACAACUCUGGGUCGCAGGCCUCUGAUCCAGUAAAUACUGUAGCUCGUGUUCUGUCUGCUCACAUGGACACAUUAAAGUGGGUGGACCAAAAUGCAGCAUUACUCACUCAGAAGAUUGAUGAUGUGUCUCGCUCAGCAGAAUCUAAAAGCAGAAUUUAGGAUUCAUUCAUUUGAGAUAUUAUGAAAUUGUAUGCAUAGUUAAAUGAAAAGCAUAUAUAAAAUGCAUAAAAAAGGAAGUACAUUAUAUGUAUAGUGGUGUAAGAUGGCUCCUUAUUUGUUCCUGGUCUAAGUUAUAUUGUGAGUAAUUUAGAUUGUAUAUAUGUAUCUCAUUGGAUAGGAGUACUGUAAAGGUUUAGGAUUGUUAUGAGAACAUCUGAAAUGUAUUUGUUUGCACAACUUUUUUAUGGUGAAUAAAUUAUUAAAAUUAUAUUCCCAUAAGAUCAAUUUCAAGUAUAAGAAAAACAGCACCAACAAUAUGACCUAGUUUUAUAUGCAUUUUACGGCUGCUUAUUACAGCAUCUAUGUCACAUGUGUUUACCAACAAUUCCAGGAGGAAGGUGACUCAAUUCAUAGUGGAAUUUUAUUUAAUAAUUCAGUAUUAUAUCUUUGUAUGAUCAGCAUCUUAUGGUGUAUGACUCAUCAUAAUUAAUAUAACAUCUUCAAUACAGGUAUCCCUCACUAUAUGAACGUUUGAGAUGUGAAAAUUAGUUUAUAUGGAUUUCCUAAAUUAUCACCUUUUUUUUUUGUAUUAUGGAAGUUUCCCUCACUCAUAUGAAUUUGGGUUUCGACAAAAAUUCAAGUCACGCACCCCCGAGAGUCAGCUGGGGCAGCAUACCACCCCCUAGUGCUCUACCUACCAGGCUGAGGUAGGAGUUAUGUAAUGGUUAUUUUUCAACUCAUAAUUUCAGGUAUACUGUAUAAACAUAACUUUCUUCAUUCUUUUUUUUAUUUUGUUACAUGCACACACAAUCCUGCAUACUGAAUGUGGAAAAAAUAAAUAUGAAGUCAAAAACAUAAAGGGGAAUAAACAUUUCUUUGUGCACCAGUGAGAGUUAGCAGAUUGAGUUGGAUGGGAGUUAUGUUAUGAUUAUUUUUCAACUCAGUUUUUGAUAGAUAAACUUAGAUAAACUUUCUUCAUUUCAUUUUUUUUUUUUUUUUUUUUUUUUUUUUAAAUAUUCAUACACAAUCCUACACACAUAAUGUGCCAAAAUAAUGUAAAAUAAAUAACUGUCAUUAGGUCAAAAACAAAAAGGGAAUAAACAUUUUUUGUGUGCAAGAGUGGGAGGGGAAGCGUUGGAUUGGCAGAGGUAGCCGAGCUGCGUUGCUAUGGCCAUUUCUUGAAGCGGCCAGCGUGUACGCAAAUGCUACCGCUGGAGACUGUAUUAAACUUUGAUUUAACUUUUCCUUCAAAUUUUAGCUGCAUAUUUUCAUCUAGAUAGUAUUUUAUUAAUGUAUUCAGUGUUUUUGGGAGUAAAUUACGGUACAGUAGUUGUGUACUGUUUAUCAUUAGUUAGGUACCGGUAGGUUUUUUCUUGCUUGUGAACGAUUUUGUGUUUUGGGCUAUGAUAUUGGGGUAUUUUUGUCAUUGGAGAACCAAACCCAAUUUUCCCCAUAUGUUCUGUUAUUCGAAAUACGAAAAUUCACUUAAAUGUUUUUUAGUCUAACCCAUCCAUAUAUCGAGGGAUACCAAUAGAAAAAUACAAUAUAUAUAAUUUGUAACUUGACUUGAAAAUAAAAGGAUAAGCUGUAUCAGAAGGUAUUCAAUCAGGAUGCAUUCCUGGAAAGACAGCUUUCAGAAUGGGUCAUUAUAACAUAUGUAUUGUACAGUACAGUAUUUGAUAUGGAGAUGCUGCUUUGGUACAUUCCUAAAAACAAGAUUUAUUACCUUUGAGUGAUAAAUGAUGGCCCGAUUUGGCUACUUGUGCACUUAGACAACUGAUUUAUGAAUAAACCAGAGACUAUACAGAUGCAUAACAUAUUACAACAUUAUUUAGUAAGUCCUGAUAAAUACAAUACAGCAUUUUUUACUAUGUGCUGAAGACUGAAUGUGUGGUAAGCAUGAGAGAUGGAGAGCACUGUUAACAUGGUGAGGGAGGGCAGGAUGAUCAGCUGGGUGUUUGUGCUUUGUAAACAAAAGACCAGGAAUUUAAUACUGUACGAUGCAAUGACUCGUCUGGGGUUGAGUGUGGGAGUUUUUUUUUGGGGGGGGGGGAAUUUAUAAUUUUAUGAUAAUGUUAUAUCAACCCGACACCAAACAAACCUAAUGAUAUGGGAAUUAUGGUGAAAUUGAUUAAAGACAUGUUAUAAGGAUCCUGGGGGAGGGAGCCACCCACCUUCAUUACCUCCCACAUGCUGCUCCUAGUUACACUCUUAUCUCCCAGUCUUUUCUCUAUUCAUAAGGCACACGAGCACAUUGAAUCAACUUUCCUGCAAAUUCUGUGUUUACCAGAACUAACUUACACAACACUUUACAGUACAAAACAGUCAUAUCAUUGGAAACAGUUGUCGACAACCAGACUUAUUGUAUAUACAGUAGUGAUAUAAACGACCUUUGAAGCUUAAAAAACUUCCCUAAAAUUAAGGGUCGUCUUAUUUGCGAAGUAUAAAAUGUGAACCUUUAAAAAUACAACAGCAGGCAUGGUGAGAGCAUUGCUUAACACUCGCUCAGCACCAUCAGUAACUCCCAAACUCUCACAAAAAAUAUAUCCUAGUGGAACUUAUGUUUGGUAAACUUUAAUAGCAGAGAUUAAUAAUAAAAUAAUAAAAAUA